GGCACCGCCUCCCGCGAGUCCUUCACCUCCAACAACAGACAGACCAUGGUACACACCAGCUUCAUGGACGGCGCCGGGGUCAAUGACCAUGACUAUGACAGAGAGUUCAAGGACAUUGAUGAGGAGACGACUCACGGCCUGUUCUCCUCCGACGGCGCGGCCCCCACCAACAACAGCCUGCGCACACACAAGAAGCGGCCUUCUUACCACAUGAUGCAGCAGAACUACGAGGACGGGAACCUCAUCAUCUCGCAGAUCUGACAUCGGCUCCCUUAAUGUUGAUGAUGUAAUAUAAUAUAUACGUACAUGCAUACAUACACGUACACAUACACACGCGCACACACACACAUAUAUA